CCGCUACUGGUAGAUCAACUUAUGUCCACAAAGAAGGUUCUAGUCCCAGUUCCCAGAUGAAUACGUCUUCUGUGUUCGACGAAAAUGAGCGAGCACUGGUGCUGCUACUGUUGUGAGCCAGAGGAAGAGAUCAUGGAUAUCGAAGUGGUCGAAGAUGGAGAUGCCCUUCAGGAGUACGGAGUGAAUCGAACCCUCCAACUUUUACGGUCAAUGAUUAAUCAAGGUGGAAGACCAAUUAUCGAUCAACCACCACCAGCGUACAAAGAUUUUGCAAAAUAUCCACUGGCCGCAGAAAUGGAGGAUAAACCGAGCAUGAUGCAGACGACAGGGUCGGGAUGGUAUCCGACCAUCACACAGGUACAACGCACUGCAAAUUCGUCAGACCCACGUCCCUCGACUUGGAUGGAACCUUUUCCCAAACCACCCGGGGAGCCCCCACCCGUACCGCAGAACUGGUUCUUCACGAGGCUGGCAUCCAUACGACGAUCUUUGAUGGCCCAUUUCUCACCAAGUAGAAUGGCAUCCACGGUUCUUCGUGACACGACACCAACCGAGUCAGUUUCCAACCUGCCAGCAAACGCGGUCGUCUCUCGUGAGCUCAUUGAAAACAGCCAGCAACGAGGAAUGACUGCGGUUCAAACAAAUGCCCCGUACUCGUCCCUAACGGAAGCGCCAAACCGUUUAAGCUCACCUGUCCGGCCCAAUAACGACAGAAACACGCCUUUUGUAAGAACUGUUCAGCUGCCACGAGAGUCCUAUCCGACACGGGCGCGAGUCAACCUCACCCAUAGCCGUUCCUGUGAAGACAUGGGUUCAGCAAGGGAACCCAUCGAGGGAGCGGACCGUCAGACAAUGUCUCCUUGAAUGCGAUACUAUGCUGGGUCGAGCCAGCACAAUGUUUACCAGAAUCUGGUAAACAAUUUUACCCCUGAAAUCCCAUUCUGAUAGCUAUGCACCCUUCCUUAUACGCAUUUAUGGCACACGGUGCAAACGCACAUGGACCAAAUGUUCAAACUCCAUGACGCAAACAGGAGUGCCUUUUGCCAAGCCGUCCAAUUCUCCCGGUUAUUUCAUUCACAACUCGUUAGCGUGCUCUGCAAACUCUGUCAGAAUCCAUCCUAGCAUUGUACUGUCACAGAUUAUUUUUAACUGAGAACUCACCGAUGGACUUGUAUCUCGAAAUGAGCACAACCAUUUUUCUAUAUGGUAAGUCUUUC